CGCUUUUACGCGAUUACCGGCCACAAACGCUUUACAUGGAUCGGAAAGUCGGCUUGGCUGGGCAAGAGGAUUGGAAGUAGAAGCUCCUGCUCAUCAACAAUUAUCGAACUCCUUGCUUAAUUAUAUUAAUAACGACUUCAGCCUUGGUACUUCUAGUUCUACCAAUGUGAAAUUCGUGCUGCCACGAGUCCAUCAAUAAGAAUUCAACAAUCUUCACUCUCAAAAAUGAACCAGCCUUUUUCUAGGUGAUCUUCAAUGUCUGAAUUUUAGAACGAAUAGAAAAACUGUUACCGGAGGAAGGAGCAGCCAAGUGGCUACGUCACUGUCCCUACACGAUAGAAAAUGUAUCACGUUAAAAAAGAUGCUUUUCGUUUUCGAUUUUCUUCAGUGAUGAUGAUUUUUGAUGAUGAUGAUGAUGAUGAUGAUCCCACUCCCUACACGGAGACGCUCCACGAAGUACGACAUAGAUCCUGACGCUGUAGUCGUUCACAAAUCCAACAGAAAGCAGCUGCAGCUUCUUGAUCCCUUUUCUUCAUCUUAUAUCAUCGUAGCGCCAGAAGUUUCAGUGGAGAUAUUUUAGCUACGAUUUCAAUCAUCUAGACUCGUUUAUGCACGAGACAUCGAGAAUGUCCAAAAAGUUUAAGUUUAUUUGUAAAAAAUGCAAUUGGUAGUUUGUUUGUGUCAUCUUAG